UUUCGACCAUUUCACGAAACCCUACCGUCUAAGUAUUUACUUAAAAUACCCCUUCGUUAUCGCGCCGUCCAUGCUCGUAACUCUUACCUUCAAAGGUUAUAUCCGUCUUUUUAAAAUCUCUCCCAAAUAUACACGUUUAAAAAAAUAAAAAUAAACGAAUUUGUUAAGAAAAUCAGAAAAUGGGUCGCCAAGAAUAGAGGAAGAAGCAAAGAAGAAAAAAAAAAAAGAGCGUUUCAAAUAUUUGCGGAGAUACAAAGCUGAGAAGAAGAGAUAAAAAAAAAAGCCUUGGAGAAGAGGUUUUCUUCUUCUUCUUCUUCCCUCCUCUCCUCUUAUACGAUGUCGUAUCACGCUUCUUCUUAUCUUCUCCGCCGUUGUCUCGCUUCCGUUUAACCUCGAUCUCUACCUACCGUUGAAUCUUUUUCAGCUUUCUUCCGUGGAGAUCUCCUUCGCGCUCGAGAGCCAUGCCUACUUUUUCUGCUAUUGCUUUGGAUAGAAUGCUAGAGCCAGGGGCUUCCACGUCUGUUGAGAGUGUUCCAAGCUCAACAAAUUCGUUUUAUUCUAAGCCACCAAUAUCAAAACUGGAGAAAGGUAAAGGUAAAUUACCUAGUGAGAGGACAGUUACUCGUCCUCUGAUGUCCCCUGCUCUCUACGCCACACCUGAUGCAAUUCCGCUUCCCAAUUCGCCGUCUUCUUUCCCACCAUCGCCUUAUAUCAUCAACCACAAAUCACGUGGACCUCCACGUCUUCUUAAAAGCUCUUCUGAGGCUAAUGUUGUGUCUUCUUCCCACCAGAAGACUCUGGCAGAGGAAACUAUUACUGCUGGAACAGAUGUAAAGGUUUCCCCUCGGAGGAGGUCCACCUCUUUCUCGUUUCCUAUCAGUGAGGCUACUGAAGACGAUUAUUCCAAUGGAGUCCAUGCUCGUCCGGUUGGAAAUUAUAAUUUCGAUGGUAUUGUUGAUGGUCCUGUUGGGCAUUGGAGUUCACUUGACGGUAAAAUUGGGAAUGGAAAGUCAGAGUUGGAUAAUGCUGCUAAUGGUUUAGAACGGGAAAAUGUUCUGACUGAGCCUGUCACUAUCAAAACAGACAAGGAGAGUGAGUCUGAAGAUUUCUAUGACCCAGGUGAAUCAGCAAGCUUCACAAGUAACACAGACGUAGAGGGUGAUGCAGGAGACGAAGGUUCACAUAGACUUGCCACACCUGUUGGAGAAUUUUAUGAUGCUUGGGAUGAACUAUCAACAGACAGUGGAAUGCAGAGUUCAGGAAACAACAUCGAAUCUGAAUUAAGGGAGAUAAGGCUGAGUUUAGUAAUGGAAAUCGAGAAGAGAAAACAGACAGAGGAGGCUCUGGAGCAGAUGCAAAUUCACUGGCAGAGACUCCGUGAGCAGUUGGCUCAGGUGGGUCUGUUCGUUCCCAUUGAUCCUACCACCUCCACCAACAACAUGAAUCUAUCAGAAGAACUACGCUGCCAACUCGAGGUUGCCAGGUUUGUCUCUGACUCUUUAGGCAGAGGUAUGGCGAAAGUGGAGGUAGAGAUGGAGAUGGAAUCUAUGCUCGAAACUAAGAACUUUGAAAUAACACGGUUGUCUGACCGUCUACACUACUAUGAGGCUGUGAACAGAGAAAUGUCUCAACGAAACCAAGAGGCCAUAGAGGUGGCACGACGAGAGAGGCAGAAGAGAAAGAAGAGGCAGAGAUGGAUUUGGGGAUCAAUUGCAGCAACCAUUACUCUAGGAAGCGCGGCAUUGGCAUGGUCUUACAUUCCUGCAUCGAAACCAUCAUCUGAAGUAUCACAACCUCUUAAGGAUGAAUGAUUAAGUAAGUCUCUUGUAUACGUGAUGGGUUUGAUGCGAGCAAGAGAAAUAAAGAUACAGGACGUUUAGCUUACGCCUUGUGAAUAGAAAUAUAUACAUAUUUGGUUAUUGUUUAACUGUUCUCAAGAGGAUGUAUAGCUCCGAGUAGCUGCAAACACUUUUUUUCUUGCGGUGGCAUACUGAUGAGUGGCAGCCACAGUCACUAAUAUUUGGUUCCUAUUAACAUUCGAUGUUAGCUCUAGUGUAAGGUGCUUGCCUUGCUUACAUCUUAAA